AAAGAACGAAGAAGAAGGACUUCCUGAAUCUGCCACCCUUGCAAAGGACUUGUCGUUUUGUGCGUUUAGAUUUCCUUCAUUCAGGCAGAUCCAGAGCGACUUUAAGAACAGCAUCAAUGGACAAGAUAAGGUCGCAGUUUCAGAGGAUGAUGAACAGCGAGCGGUACAGCAGGUUCACGCUGCAGCCAUCGGAGAACGGCGAGAGGCACGCCGAGGUCAACCUGUCUGACUACGCCGCAGAAGGCGACACGGCGGCGGAGGCGCCCGGGUCGCCGAGCUUCAGGCCGGCGCCGCUGCAUCACAGCAGGCGCACCGUGGCGUUCGUAAUCCUGGGAACCCUGAUGGUGUUUCUUGGCGGCUACCUGGUUGGUUUCAUCAGCCAUCAUAAACCCAAGGUUGAGUCUGACUGUGAACCGAGUUCGACGGAUAAAAUCGGCGGGAUGGAUCCAGGGAAACCUUCGCUGACUCUGUCCUGGAAAGACGUCUCUCAACUCCUAACGAGCAAACUCAGCAGCGAAGCUUUCAAAAAGACUCUUAAGGAUUUUGAUAAGCAGAACCGCUCGGCAGGAAGUGAGGAAGACAUGAGUCUGGCGAACAAGAUUUUCGAUACAUUCAAGACGUUGGGGAUGACGCCGUGGACAGACAUCCAUUACGUUCAGCUGCAGAUGCCCGACAGCCAGAACCCCAACACCGUUUACUUUGGUUCAGACGUCAUCAAGCCUGUGGGAUAUUUGGCCUACAGCAAACCGGGCAGAGUUGAGGGCCGGCUGGUGUACGGGAACUACGGCCGUCAGAAGGAUCUGGACUUUGUUCAGGGGAAAGUUGACCUGAAAGGCGCCGUCCUGCUGCUGCGAGCUGGAAAAAUCACUUUUGCACAACAGGUGGACAACGCCGCCAAGAUGGGAGCCUCUGCUGUUCUGAUCUACCUUGAUACUGAAGAUUACAAGCUGGUUACAGACACCGAACUCUACGGACACGUCCAUCUUGGUUCUGGGGACCCCUACACUACUGGAUUCCCGUCCUUCAACCACACUCUGUUUGCCCCUACGGAGUCAGCUGGCCUCCCAAAAAUCCCGGCCCAGACCAUCACUGCCAGCUCGGCUACAACUCUUCUAAUGAAAAUUGGUGGCCCUGAAGUAGAAACAAACAGUGACUUCAAAGGUGAGCUAAAGUCUGUGGUUUACAAGCUGGGUGGGAGCCAGAACAUCACUGUGGAGGUGAACAACGUGUUGGUCAACAAGGAGAUCCACAAUGUGUUCGGCGUGAUCAAAGGGUUUACUGAUCCUGAUCGUUAUGUUGUGCUGGGAGCUCAGAGGGAUGCCUGGGGGAGAGGUUACACCAAGGCCACUGUUGGCACCUCGGUGCUGAUCGAACUGGCCAAGGCGUUCCAGGAGAUGGUGAAAAAAGAUAACUUCAGGCCGAGAAGAAGCAUAAUAUUUGCAAGCUGGAGCGCAGGAGAGUUUGGAAAUGUUGGCGCCACCGAGUGGCUGGAGGGUUACAUGUCCUCUGUUGACCGAAGUGUCUUUACAUACAUCAACCUGGAUGGAGCAGUCAUGGGUCAAGAAAGGUUUAUCGCCUCUGCAAGUCCGCUGCUGUACAGCCUCAUCGAGACCACGAUGAAGGAGGUGAACAUGCCUAGAAAAUCUGUGUCAAUUUACCAGGCGAUGGGAGGAAGUAACUGGGAGUCCAGCGUACUGAGGACGAUGUCUGUAGAAGAUCCUGCUUAUCCUUUCCUGGCUUUUGCUGGAAUUCCCUCCAUGUGUUUCCACUUCAUCCAAUCAAAUUCCGAGUCGUACCCUUACUAUGGCACCGGCCUGGACAACAUGGACCACCUGAACUACCGGACCAGCCAACGCACCAGCAACGUCACGGCCACGGCGGCGCGGUUCGCCGGCCUGAUGGUGCUGCGUCUGGUCCAUGACCACCUGCUGGGUCUGGAUGUGAGCAGAUACUACGGCUCCAUCACCAAAGCUGUGGUCCAGGUCUACAAACGGGUCAACCAGCUCACUCAGUCCGGUCAGCUGAAGGAUGUCAGUCCCAACUGGCUGAGUCGCGCCCGCAGCUCCUACAAGCGAGCGGCCGACGCCAUCACCAGCGCCAUCGCCAACACGGACUUGACGGAUAAGGAAUCCUGUCGAAUCCUGAACGACAGGAUCAUGAAGGUUGAGCACUCCCUCCUUUCUCCGUAUGUCUCCGUUGUCGAGGCCCCGUUCCGCCACCUGCUGCUGGGCCGCGGCCCCCACACCUUGGCGGCCAUCGCUGAAACGCAGGACAUGGAGAAGCUCCCCCUCCACCUGGCUCUGGCCACCUGGAACCUGCAGGGAAGCGCCAACGCCAUGGCCGCCAACGUCUGGGACAUAGACAACGAAAUCUGAAGCUGGAAACAGGAAAUCUGAGCAUGUGUGUGAAGCUGCAUGAAGGUUAAUUAUAGUGCUCCAACGUUUAAAUACCUGAAGCACAAGCGAGUCACAAAAUCUAGA